AUGGACACAGCCAAUCAAGACUAUCUAAUUCCAAUAACCAGGCUUUCUAAAGACACCCAGCCAAUGCCACACAAACACAAUUGCUUACCAUCCGCGACAUUUCAAAACAGCAUCGGUGAUCCCACUCCCGAGAAAGACACCACCGAUGUGUGGAACUUACAAGCCACCCCAAACUCACCAUCCUUAGCUUCUGCAGUCUCAGAAGCAGACUAUGGAUGGCUUAUGGAUAUUGACGAUACUACAUCCCUCAGUAGUUGCGAUAGCAACCUUUCUAAUGCUGAAACAGCCUCGACAUCUACCCCAUCCCUAAUUGCAUCACCAUCACCACAGCCUUUUAAUCAUCCCUAUAACCUCCGUAUUCGCGGAAAUGACUCCAACAGGCACACUCCCGAGGAAAACUAUCCAAAUGAUAUCGGAUCUGGUUAUAUACACAACAACAACAACAAAAAGAGACGUCGCCAAUUAUCUGUAUCAUCCAAUUCCACAUCAACUUACUCCAAACGUCGCCGUGGUUAUAGUCGCCAUGGUCGUAGCUGUGUCUCAAAACCGAUUGUAAUAGGAACUCCUCGACCUGUCAGUGCUGGGUCAAUCCGGAUAACAUCCGAACCACCAAGACCAUUGUCUCGUUUGGUGGUAAGCUGUUCUCUUGUCGACAGUGAUCUCAGUGAGUUUUCGGUAUUACCGCAUUCUUAA